GUCGCGACUGAUCGUAUGGUUAGGGAUUGAUGUUUUUUGGUCACGGUCGAAUAAGUUCGUUUUUCAGCUUGUCGCGAUUAAUGGAUUAAAAUCGACGUGAAAAUCGAUCGCGAUCCAUCAACGAUGACGUUCGGCGUCCGAUAUCGAAACUUUUAAGCGCGAAAGCGUCGUUUACUUGUUAGUGAUAGUGACGAUUGACAUCGCAAAAAUCGAUAUUAACGUUCGUAAAAUUCGCAACAUUUUCUUCGACGAUCUGUGCGCGAAUUUGCGCGGUUCAUCGAUCGGCGCGCAUGUUUUAUCGAUCACUCGGCAAGACACAAGUCGUGGUUUGAAUUAUCGGCGAAACGAUAUUACUGCGAUUGUGGUCCAGCCAGUUUGUCCAGCUUGUCCACGACGUGUCUGCUUGUCAAUCAACGAUUAUCGAUGCGACGCGGAAACUUUAUAACGAAAGUCGUUUCCUUGAAUUCGCGAGAUGAAAAUUCAGUAAAGAUGAUUCUACUUUGAGAUUCGUCGAGUAUGACUUCUACAAUGGGAUUGCAGCAGCAGGCUGCAUCCCAGGAUACAGUGGAUUUUGCUGGUUAUUUGCAAUCUACACAAUGCCAUCAUGGAAAUCAGACGGAAGGACAGGUGCAGAGUUGUCAAAAAUCACCGCACCGAGAGCACAACAGCAGCUUCACCAGCACGAAAGGCCUCCUCAAUGGGCCCGGGCAGAAUAAUUGUUUCCUCAACAGCGCCGUACAAGUUUUGUGGCACCUUGACAUUUUUCGACGGAGUUUCAGAGAACUUUCCGGACAUGCUUGCAUGCGAGAAUCUUGCAUCUUCUGCGCACUUAAGGACCUGUUCUCGCAGCUGCAGUUUUCGCAAGAGAGCGCUCUGCCGCCUGAUACGUUGCGCCGCGCGCUGGCCGAGAGUUUUCUCGAUCAACAGAGAUUUCAAUUGGGUUUCAUGGACGACGCGGCGGAAUGUUUCGAAAACAUUCUCUUACGUAUACAUCUCCACAUUGCAAGCGGCGAAGCUGAAGAUAUGUGCAGCGCGAGACAUUGUGUGCCACAUCAAAAGUUUGCCAUGACGCUCGUCGAGCAAAGCGUCUGUGAAGCUUGCGGCGCGACAUCAGAGCCACUGCCUUUUACACAGAUGGUUCAUUAUGUAUCUGCAUCAGCGUUAACAUCUCAAGCUCAUCAAACGUCGCUGAAUUCUAGGAAUAGUCCAGAUCUCUUUGGACAACUUCUCCGAAGAGCUGGUGGGAUGGGUGACAUCCGGGAUUGUCCGAGUUCUUGCGGUGCAAAAAUUCAAAUAUGUCGGACUCUAAUGAAUCGGCCGGAAAUAGUCUCUGUCGGUGUCGUCUGGGACAGUGAACGACCGUCGUUGGAGCAUAUCAUGGAUGUGUUCGCGACUGUGGGUACGUCCCUUCGACUUAGCGAUGUCUUCCACAGUGUGGUAGACUCUCGAUGGGGUGCCUCUACCGUGCAUAAUCUCGUAGGAGUGGUUACCUAUUAUGGGAAACAUUAUUCUACCUUCUUCUUCCACACGAAAUUAAAGGUGUGGAUAUAUUUUGAUGAUGCCACUGUCAAAGAAAUUGGACCUCGGUGGGAGCAAGUCGUGGAAAAAUGUAGGAGAGGCCGCUAUCAGCCUUUGUUACUCUUGUAUGCGACGCCCGCUGGUACUCCGGUUAAUACUGAGAACGCCCCAAAGACUGUUAUUCCUUUCCCGAAUAGUAAUGGUUUAAAGACGUCUCCAAAGAAUAGCGUUCGUCGUUCGAUUACACCUAGUCCUGAAAAGCCAUCCAUCAACAGCACUGCCAGACGUGCCAUCACACCCAAUCCCGAUAGCCCGCCCCAUCUCUACACUCAACGAAGCAUUUACAGUGAUUAUCAGAAUCUCACAGAUAUCCAGAAUAAUAUAUUUAGCAACCAGGGCGUGGAUGUGGUUGACGGUGAUAUAGAGUCGAAAUAUAUUAGUCGUCGCGCUGUGGAAAGCGUAAUGCAACAACAGAAGAAACAACAAAUGCAAUUGACACGUAGUUUAAGCGUGGGAUCAGCUCCGCAAGAUGGUAUCAGCAUUCCUGACCAUAUGAACGUACCUCGAAGACGAGAUUCCGGCAAUUGGUCCGGUGAUCGAAACAGCGCGUCAUCGAGUUCGUCAACUACGAUGGACAAUACGUAUUUGUAUAUUGUUAAUAAAAUGCAAAGAAAUUCAAACGUACCUAAAAGUCCUAUCAAAUCUGGAGAACUCUCAAGUAGCAGCAGCGGUCAUUACGAUGCCGGUUAUGACUCAUAUUCUUUAUCCUCUACGGACAGUCUUCCACUUCAGCAGGGACUAAAGCAUAAUUUACAGCUUGCUCAAAUCCCAGAAGGUUAUCAAUCUUCUUCCGGUGAUGAUUGCGAACGAUUGUGUAAGGAAACAGACGCGUUGCUGGAUAAAUCCCGUGCCGCCGAAGAUGCUGGCGAUCUUAACACGGCCGUGGCAUUGUGCAAUGCGGCCAGCAGUAAAGCCAGAGCCGCAAUGGACGCACCGUAUAAUAAUCCUCACACGAUUACAAUAGCAAGAAUGAAACAUAAUACUUGCGUCAUGAGAACAAGAAGUUUACAUAGGCGAAUGUUGCAAGAACAAGUGGCCGUUAAUGGUGACAAAGAAGAAGGGGUAUCUGAAGGAAGACACUCUCGAGAAAACAGUAAAUCAAGCCAGCAUUCGAGGCAAAGCUCGCGAGAUAAAGGUAAUCAUUCUCGACAAAAUAGUCGGGAGCUUCUAGUGAACACUCCAGCGACGGUAGAUAAACCUACUACGAAGAGUAUCGAGAUAUAUGCUACUUUACCGAAAAAGAAAACUUUACGUAGUAAAGCAACGGCGGUGAAUGUUAUCGAAGAUGAAGAAUACAUGCUUUACGAUCGUCCAACACAAAGAACUGGUUUGUUUAGUCGUGCGAAACGCUGUGAUGACGAUAAGAAGGAUAAGAAACGAGCGAGAAGCGAGGAGAGGAAUAAGAACAUAUCAAAAGAUUUUUCAAUAGCACCGUCUCGAUUAUCACCGUCUCCAAAAGGAGCGAAAAUUGAGAAGCCGAAGGAAAUCACCGAAAUUAAUACAACGAUUAGAAAUACGCAGCUCAAUAACACAACUGCAGUAGAACAGAAACAAGGCAAGAAGCAGCAUAAGAUACGCAGAAAAUUGCUCAUGGGCGGUUUGAUCAAGAGGAAAAACAGGAGUAUGCCGGAUUUACGAGAAGGACAGGAUGGUCAGGCGAAUGUGAAUCCGGAAGGAUCCUCUAAUAUUUUACCGAAACAAUCAUUGGAUGAUUCCAGUGUUGGUUUGAAAGGCAACGAUGUAAGCCAAUCAUUGAGCGGUUACUUAUCAGAGGGGCAUCUGGAAUUCGCCGGAAACAGCGGAUCUGGAAACACCAGCAAUCCAAAUCUUGAGAGAAGUCGUUUGAUGAGAAAGAGCUUCCAUGGCAACGCCGGGAAAGUAUUACAUGUUGCAAAAGUGCCUCCGCCUCCUCCGCUUCGGACCACUUCUCAGCUUAGCAAAUCUAAAUGUUCGGGCGAAAUACACAACGAGCAACAAUCUGACAAAGUUGUAUAUCCUUUGCCAGAUAAUCGAUGCGCGCCUAAUUCAUCGCAAGAUCAAAACAAUGCUUAUUGGAAUCACAUAAAUACGAACAACUCAUGUCCCACCUCAAAUGUGGCGAACAGAAACUCAGACUAUGCCGAUUACUCCUCGGAAUCUCAUUCUCUUCCGUUUAUACCGUCCUAUAACGAACAGAGCAAUAAUAUUUCUGGGACGUGCCAAAUAAAUUAUAAUAAUAAGCCUAGAAUCCAGGAUGACGUUGUGCAAUAUGCUAACGGCAUACUUUAUGAACCGACUUUUGUCGUUACUCGUGCGGAUGUGCAUAAUGAGCAGAGUCCUCUUAAGCAACAGUUUCAGCCAGAUUCUUUGCCUCCCUAUUUUGAAAACAAUAAUAAUAAUAUCUCGCAUUCGCGGCAACCAAGCGAAGACUUUCCACCACCGCCAUAUCCAUCAAUUCAUUCGGUGUCGCAUUCGAGACAAACUAGUGAAGAUUUCCCGCCGCCACCCCCACCGAUUGAUGAUCCGAUUCAUUUGCAAGAGACUCAACAGCAUCAAACUUCCGUUCAAUUGCAACAACGUGUGCAACAAUAUGAAGCACAACAAAUUACCAGUUUGUUAGCGCAGUUGCAAAGUCAGAGAGAACAAAUCUUGACUGACAGUCCAAGUGAGGAGAAACGACCAGAGGAACACGAAGAUGAAGAAAAGUCAUCGAGCGAAACGUGGUUGAGAGAAUUGCAAGCUAAACAAGCAGAGAGAAAAAUGAAGAGGCAAGGACCUUUAAAUCAAGAUAUUCCAAAAGUAAGGACUCCAUCGAUGCCAACGAUUCAAGGACCGACUAUUGCUAGAAGAACCAGCGAUUUAAUGAUGAACAAUCUCGGACAGGGAUAUGAUCAAGGUCGUGAUGUUACGGAUUGCCCGAGAGUCGUUUCUUCGGUGAAAGACAUGGCUGCUAGGUUUGAACAGAUUAAGCUGCAACCAAUAGCGAAAUCAGAAGCAGACAUAAAACCUCAAUCAAAGCAGAAUGUAAAUUGUGUUUCCCCAAUGCUGAUAUCGAAUAUGUCUCAAGAUACAUCAUCGAUGGAGGGAACAAAAUCGGUUAACAAAUUAUCCUCCGAGAAUUCUGUAGUUUUUACGAAGAUGGAGACUUCAAACUCUCAGGCCGUUUUGAAAUCUAAUUUUGAUUCCAACCAGAAUACUUUUGAUGCGAUGCCGCCGAACAGUUCUAAUGUUCAACAGAGUGAAUUGAAUGCCGCGAUAUUAUCUAUGUCCUUGACAUUGCCGCACGAGAACGGUUUGCCCAUUGAUUGUCCAGAAGAUGAUAUCAGUGAAGUGGCGAUGCAGAACACCAUACAGAACACAACGAUAUUGCCAAGCGAGGAGGAUAUUGCCCCGAGAAAGGUGAAACGGCGAAUAGGGAAGAAGAAAAGCGUAUCAUUUUGUGACCAAGUGGUCCUUGUUGCAACAGCGGAGGACGACGAAAAGGAUUCGUAUAUACCUAAUCCUAUUUUGGAAAGAGUUUUACGUUCUGCAAUGAACAAACCUGAAACUGCUCAGGUGCUGCGAGAAAUCAGAAGUCUUCAGGAAGCGGAGACGAAUCGUGAAAAUAUUGUCGCGAAAUUCCAACAACAGACACUGCCUUUAAAGAGUGAAGCUGAUAGCAUGCCGGCAACACCUUUCCAGGAUCAGCUGAGAAGUAUUAAUCCAGUUCCAGAUACCAUUAAACCAACGUUUGGGCGACAGAAUUCAAGCGAUUCCAUCGGAUUGUUACCAGAUAAAAAGUCUUGUGGAAACGAAGGCAAAGAUGUCGUCGAUUCUAGAGAGACAUAUGCCGGUAUCCCUGCGAACACUUCGAAAACUUCCACAUCUUAUUCGCCGCAGCAACAUAUCAGAUACACUCAAAAUGCAUACACGCAAUAUCUACAGUCGAUGUAUCCGCAGACGCAAGCAUCCCAUGUGAGGACUCAAGCGAUUCCUCUAUCUCAAACUCAGAAGCCAGCCAGUCCUUAUCCCACGCAAAUGCAUGGACAGUACAUACAAAAUAGUAUGCAGCAGACAAAAGUAAUACCUCAGAAAAAUGGUUACGGAACGUAUUAUCAGUUGGAGCAGCAGCAUAAUCAGAUAAACAAGCAGGCGAGCGUUCAAUCACAGCAGAAUACGCUGAAUCAAAGAAUCUCGUCUCACAACGCCAGCCCGAUAACCGUCCAACAUUCGCAGCAGCAGUUUUCAUAUCCGUCUAAUCAAUCGCCAAGUCCGUAUCAAAAUCAAUACUCUCAAAGUUCCUAUCAGGGUCAUCCCUAUCAAGCUGUUCUUCCGCAGAAUAGAGCGGGUCAACCAUUACCACAGUAUCAAACGUCAGUAUCUAAUUCACCCACGUUUUAUCAACAUCAAUUGCAACAAAACACGCAGAAUUAUCAGCAGAGACACGACAAUUAUCAGCGACAAUUAGCUCCUCAGAAAGUUGAUCAACAACAAAAUUCCGUAAUGCCUAAUCAGACGUACCCUAAGACUCUGCAGAACGGUCAGAUACAGCCGAAUGUGAAGUAUCCAGUCUAUCAACAUCCUCCGCUUUCAAAACAGAUGCAUUUCGCAAUGUCUACCGCGAAAGUUGUCCCGAUGGUGUCGCAGCCGAUGGUAACGCAAUCUUCUUUACAAGCACCGACGACCACCGUAAGAGCAUGUGUGACACCCUGCAAUCUUUGUCGGAAGAGAAAUGUGCUUGAGCCAACGCUUUAUUGCACGGACUGUGACUUUUACAUGUCUCGCUUCCGACCGGCUAAUAAAACUACUUGAAUUAUUUCUCAUUAAUUUGAAUUAAAAACUGAAUGUCCACGUUCUUUGACGACGAAAUAGCGUCAUCCUCUUUGUAGUGAAUUAAUUACUGCGUAGAUAAAAAUAAUUAUUAAUGCUCACAAAGGUCUUAAAUAUUUACAUUUUUUAUAGCAGCAUUGUAUCACAAUUUAAAUGAUCCUUGUAUUCGCGUGUAAUCGCAAAAUAAUCACUGGAUAUUAAUGUAAUUCACUGAAAAUUAGAAAUGUCUCGAAUGUGUUUAAAAUCUCUUGCAUACAAUUCAUUAGAUUUAUAGGUAAUUUACAUAUAAAAUUAAAUACAAUCUACAUAGUAUUAUAAUAACUCUUAUUAAUUUUACAAAUGACGACUUUCGAGUAAAUCGACUUUAAAGUAAAUAUAAAUAUAUUAUCCACAUUGUAUAAAUUAAUACUAAUUCUUUUGAUCGGAGACCCUCAUCGUGCAGCUAUUAUUUAUACAUUUAUAUGUAUGUACAAUAUUACUCCGAUAAUCUCAUUUCUAUAAUUUACAUUAAAGAUAUAGAAACAGAUUGUACUUAAUCUAUAUUAUUUUGAAUAUAUUUUAAGCUUGUUGAAGAUUAUUAUUAUAAUCUGUCGACUCUAACAUAAUUUUUAAAUACGUUCAUUAUAUGUUUAUAUUAUAUUAUAUAUAAUAACGAACACAUAUCAUUGAGACGUUAUAUUGUUAUAUUACAGCGUUCAUGUUUACAUUAUUUUCAUUUGUAUAUAGGUGAAUUUUAUAUCAUGCUUCAUAAAAUCAGCGAAACCAAUAACUUUAUUUUAUAAAAUAUAUAAUUCAUUUUAUAAGUUAUAAUUGAGCGAACCGUACUUUCAGUUUUUGUAUACUUUUUCUAUUUGUAUGCUCUUUGUGCAAAUUGUAUUUCAUGAUAAAAAGAUGUGGAUAGUUGUGGAAUUGUGAUACUAGCCAUGCUACGUAAAACUUAUCUUGUUAAGAUAGAAACUAUAUUACAGAUUGCAAGAGAAGAAUUAAAUAGGUAGCAGAUGAAACUUGAUCUCUGAGAAUGCGUGGAGUUUAUUUUACGUUAAUAAUCGUCGAAGUUGCGUCUUCUUGUAUAUUAACAUAUAUCACGUUACACUGUAUCACUUUCUAAGUGUUAGUUAAAUGUACAAAUGUCUGAUUUUAUACUUUUUGUAUGUGAGUAUUUUGUUUUAAAAAUACUUUAUUUUUAUUGUAAAACACAUUAAUAAAGCUCCCUUACAAUAUUA